GUCGCCCCUUAAGAGCACGCUGACCGCCAAGCUUAGCUAACAGUUUCUGGCUACAAGCUCGCCACUCUCUUUAUUCUUCCCUUCGCCUCGCCCAGACGUACCUUUUUGCUAAGGUCGUCUAAGCCUUCUACCGCCAAUUUGGUGAUUUUGACUGAUGUUUUGAGAUCUCUUUGAUCCAUUUGAGGCGCUGGCCACUCUACUCUCCUUCUACGACUUAAAUCAGUCCACAGCCAAAAUGCGUGGCUCAAUCGCCUUCACACUCGUUUCACUCCUAGCCGACUCGGCUACGUCGAUUGCCGUUCCUUGGAAGACAACCACACAGCAACCUCGGCAUAACCCAUUCAUCGGCAAGCGCGAUACAUUGGACGGCUACGAGUAUGUCGUCGUAGGGUCUGGCCCAGGCGGAGGUCCUGUUGCCGCCAACCUCGCCAUCGCUGGCUACAAGGUCUUGCUGAUCGAUGCCGGCGGUGACUCUGGUGAGAGUUUGACUGAAACGCUUCCGGCGCUGCAUCUCAUGUCCACCGAGUUUGAGGAUACUAGAUGGAACUAUUUCGUCAACCACUACUCCGACCUCGAGCAACAGAAGAAGGACUCCAAGAUGACUUAUCAGAAGGCAGACGGCAGCUUUUAUGUUGGCCUCGAGCCUCCCUCUGGUGCCAAGCCCCUUGGCGUCUGGUACCCUCGUACUGGUACACUGGGCGGAUGUUCUCGUCACAACGCACUCAUCUCCAUCUAUGCUCACGACAGUGACUGGAGCAGUAUUGCUACUCUCACUGGCGAUGACUCGUGGAGCCCGACUAACAUGAGAUCGUACUUCAUGAAGCUAGAGAACAAUAUGUAUCUGCCCAGCAGUAUUAUCGGCCAUGGAUACGGCGGCUGGCUUGGCUUGUCGCUUACAACCCUCUCCCUGGUUGUGGAAGACCAGAAGCUGCUGUCUAUGAUUAUUUCUGCUGCUACCGCUAUGGGAAAGAGUCUCUUAGGCUUGUUGUUGAACACUGUCGUUGGACUUGGCCAGGUCCUACUCCGCGAUAUCAAUGCCCCGGGUCAGGCUAGCAAGACUGGUCUGUACCAAGUCCCGCUAGCAAUGACUGACAAUGUCCGCGGCGGCCACAGGGAUUUCAUUCUGAACACUGCCAACGCUAUCAACUCGGAUGGUUCGCGCAAAUACCACCUUGAUAUCAAGCUGGAUACUUUGGUUACCAACAUUCGGUUCGACAAGACUGGAUCUAAGCCUCGGGCCACUGGUGUCGACUUCUUGGAAGGAUCAAGCUUAUACCGUGCCGACCCCCGUUCCGGAUCGGCCAAGGCCACUGGGUCGGGCAGUGUCGACGCCAGCCGCGAGAUCAUCAUUUCCGCUGGCGCUUUCAAUACACCCCAGCUGCUUAAGCUCAGUGGCAUUGGACCCAAGGCGGAGCUUGGGUCGUUUAACAUCCCUGUUGUCGUCGACCUUCCCGGUGUCGGAACCAACAUGCAGGAUCGUUAUGAGGCCACUGUCAUCGGCAAGACCACCAGUGACUUCGUCAUCACCUCCAAAUGCACCUUCUUGGAGACCAUGCCUGAUCCUUGCCUAGAGCAGUAUCAGAGCGGAAUCGAUCCCAUCACCAAGGGCGUCUAUGGUACAAACGGUAUUGCCAUUGCCGUCGUCCUCAAGUCUUCCGUUGCCGAAAAGGAGCCUGACUUGCUUAUUUCUGGCGCUCCGGCCAAGUUCAAGGGGUACUUCCCCGGCUAUUCCACUGACUCCCUCGCCGAUGCCAGGCAUUGGGCUUGGAUUAUCCUCAAGGCUCACAGCCGAAACAAUGCCGGAACCGUCACACUGAAGUCGACCGAUCCAAGGGAUAUGCCCCUCAUCAACUUCAACUAUUACAACACUGGUGUCAACAGCAACGGAGAAGGCGACAAGGACCUCCAGGCUACUUAUGAAGGCUUCCAGUUCGCUCGACAGGCCUUUGCCGAUAUGAUUCCGCUUGACGGCAGCUUCCCUGAAGUCUGGCCGGGCAAGAAUGUAUCGACCAAGGCAGAUGCCAAGCAAUUCAUCAAGGACGAGGCCUGGGGUCACCACGCAUCAUGCACCUGUCCCAUUGGCCCUGAUAGCGACCCGAUGGCUGUUCUCGACUCCAAAUUCCAGGUCCGCGGCACCGAGGGCUUGAGAGUUGUCGACGCCAGCGUGUUCCCCAAGAUCCCUGGCUUCUACAUUGCUCUGCCCCUCUUUGUUGUGUCAGAGAAGGCGAGCGAUGUCAUCAUCAAGGCGGCUCAGGCGUAGUCGGUUCAACUUCUGCCCAUUUCGGACGCCCUGGGAUCUUAAUCGCAAGGAACUUGUAUCUAAUUGUCUUGUUCUCGGCAAAUGUCGAAAAUGUAAAUAUAGAUUUCAAUUAUACAUAACCAUUUGAAUAAAUCAC